CAGAGAAGUGUCAAGUUUGUCGUUAAGGCCGAUGGUUUUUACCUUAGAAUGCAGAAAUCCAGAGUGUUGCUGGUGAAUGUAUUGCAAACAGUAACAAUCAAGCAGACAAAAUAUCGGAAUUUUCGUGUCAUGCAGACUAGCAAUUGCGUCACACUCAACCAAAAUAUCAAACCUGUAUGUCUUGAAAAAUGUUAUCUUUUUGGUGAAUUCUAGUAACAGAGUGAUUUUCAGAGUGCUUCACUACUUGUGUUAUGUAAACACUACAUAUUUAAAGCAAGCUCAUUGUGUUUAAUCUCAGUUAAGAAAACUCGUUGACAGCUUCGUGUAGGAUGUACCCAAAUAGGCACCAGGGUUCAGCCCCACAGCCUAGCAGACAGUCUUUUAAAUUUACUGUUGGUGAUACGUGCGAGAGAAUCAAGGAAGAAUUCAACUACCUCCAAGCUCAGUAUCACAGCCUAAAAAUGAAUUUCGAAAAACUGGCAAGCGAAAAGACAGAAAUGCAGCGGCAUUACGUUAUGUAUUACGAGAUGUCGUAUGGAUUGAACGUAGAAAUGCAUAAGCAGAUGGAGAUUGCUAAAAGACUUAAUGCUAUAAUAGCUCAGAUUCUACCGUUUUUGUCCCAAGAGCACCAACACUCCAGUAUCGCCCAUCUAAUGCAACAGGCACAUGCCUCCCCUAUAGCCAUGGUGCCACACGCUGCAAUGGCAGGCCUACAGCCAUCAGUGAUGUUACAUAGUAGCGCUGCUAAUCUGUUAGCCUUCUCAGGACCUUUAUCAAGCAGCACCCACCAUUCAGGAGGCUCAUUUUUAAGUUUCAAGGAAAAACGCUCACAUGUAAUGAACAACGAAAAACAAAGGAUCUCUUUGUCACCACACGAAAAGCAGAGAAACCGUUCACCCGAAAUGAAACGAAGGCGAGAAGACAAAGUCGACCGAACCAGUGACGACGAAAAAAGUGACCAAGACUUGGUUGUUGAUAUGGCCAAUGAAGACUCUGUAUCCCCAAAUGGACAGCCUCAUGAAAACGGGCUGAAGAGAGAGCUGCCUAUCAGUAGGAGUGGUUCAUCCUCGAGCAGAAGUACACCGGUUCAACAAAAACACAAGGAUCGCAUGAAUGAUAAAUCUCCAAUUCCUGUUUGUAAAUGUGUAACACCAACUACUUCAGGAAACGUCAAUUCAAACAGCACGAAAGGGUUUGGGAAACAAUCUUCAGUGGGUUCUGCUUACUCCUACCCUAUAUCUAGUGGUACUUCUGUAUCGCACGUUCCUAUUGAGUUGGCUUCCAGUGCUUCCUACUCCCAGACUAUGCUUCACAAUAACCUGUCUCCUGGUCUCAACUCGCAUACCAAAACAGUUGUGAGUUAAUGGUAAAUAGACGUCUGAUAGAGCAAUGGUGUAACUUUCCAGUUAGAGUAAUGGUGUAACUUUCCAGUUUUUUAUGCUACUUUGUUAUCGGCUUGGAGAGGAGAGAUCCUUUUUUGCAAAUGUUUGGAGGAAACAAGAGAAAAUAAAAAUACUAUUUAAAAUUAUUCUCCUCUAUGAUAACACAAAGCUACAAAUGUAACAUCAGGUUUUCCAACACACUAAUUUAGUAACUGAAAACUGUA